AUGCAAAUAAAACUUAAGAGACGAUCUCUUAUUGGAUUUAGUGUGAUUAUUGUGAUAUAUUUCAUUUAUUUACGUGCAACUCGUAGUAAUCGUGAAGCAAAAAAUGUUGACAGUGAUUUGUUCAUUAGUUUAGAUGGAGAAAAUAACAAUAAUCAAAAAUCAAGGUUUCGUGAUUGGAAUGAUUACAAACUUACUGAAGAAGAAAAAACAAGAAAUGGUUUUGGUGAGCAUGGAGCUGCAGCAAUUUUGACAAAUUCAUCAGAAAUUGAUCUGAACGAGAAACUUUACCACGAGACUGGAUUUUCUGUCGUAGUUUCUAAUAAAAUUUCUGUCAAUCGUUCGUUAGAUUCGGUGGUCCAUUCAAAUUGUUCAAAUGUUAAAUAUUACGCAACCUUGCCAAAUGUUUCUGUCAUCAUCAUCUUUCACAAUGAAGUUUUGAGUGUGUUGCUUCGGACAAUUCACAGCGUCAUUAAUCGCACACCUGCUGAACUUCUUCAUGAAGUUAUUCUUGUUAAUGAUUACAGCACUAACGCAGAACUUUACGAUCCUUUAAAAAAAUAUUUGCUGGAAAAUUUUCCGCCAAAAGUAAAAAUUAAGAAUUUAGAAAAACGAAGCGGAUUAAUCGUUACAAGAAUGGAAGGCGCUCGUUCAGCAUCUGGGGAAGUUCUUGUAUUUUUCGACUCUCAUAUUGAAGUUCAAAACAAUUGGUUGCCACCGCUGCUACAACCUAUUGUAGACGACAGAAAGAUUUCCACUCUUCCAAUUAUUGAUUAUUUGGAUCCUUUUACAUUUGAAUAUUUGCCAGGACAAAGCAAUUUCCAAGGAAGUCGAGGAGUCAUCGAUUGGUAUCUCGAUUUUCAAGAACUUCCCAAAUUACCAAAUGAUCAGAUGAAUGAUUUGAAACCAUAUCCAAAUCCUAUUAUGCUUGGAGCUGCUUUUGCCAUUGACAGAAAGUUCUUUAUUGAUGAACUUGGUGGUUACGAUGAAGGUUUGCAAAUAUGGAAUGGCGAGAAUUAUGAAUUGAGUUUCAAACUGUGGAUGUGUGCAAAUAGAAUUUUAACUGUUCCAUGUUCGCGAGUAGCUCAUUAUUUUAGACAAAUUAAUCCAUCGAGGGUUAGCAAAGACGAUUACGUGGCGAGAAACUUUAUGCGCAUCGCUGAGGUUUGGCUUGACGAAUAUAAAACUCUUCCAAAGCAACUUGAACCAAAACGAUAUGAAAAUGUCGAUCCCGGGGACCUUACAAUUCCUAAAGCUGUGAAAAAACGAUUAAACUGUAAACCAUUUCGAUGGUUUUUGAAUAAUAUUGCACCAGAUAUGAUUGAAAGAUUUCCACCACUGGCUGAUCCACCUAAAUUUGCAUCUGGUGCAAUUCAAAGUGUUGCCAAUCCUCGUCUUUGUAUUGACAACAUGGGGAAGUUAAAUGAUGAGAAAAUCGGACUUGAUGAAUGUUCUCAUGACAUGCUGAAUCCCAGUUUGAAUCAAAAUUUCAUUUAUUCAUUUCUCAAAGAUAUAAGACAAGAUCAUGGUCGUCACGAGUUUUGCUUGGACUCUUAUGAAUUAAGAUUAACUGGAUGUAACAAUUUAUCAUUUGGAAAUCAAUUCUGGAUAUACGAUAAGGAUUCCAAAGAAAUCAUCAUGAACACUUCCACCAAAAAGUGUUUAACAAUAAUUCUUGUAAAUGAUUCAUUAACUCUUGAUGAGUGCAAUAACGAAAUGACACAAAAAUGGAAUUUUGCGUAUGUAAAUGAAACUGCUUAUGAAUAUUUUAAUGACAUUUUUGGUUAUCGUAGUAUAUUAAGUUAA